AUGUCCUGGAGAAGAUAUUUCAACAUCGAAGACAAUCCCGUAGGGCGGGAAUUUUUAUUUGGAUAUCAGGGAAAGUUCAAGCAUUCUCUUCGGGAGUGGAGACAUGAGAUAAAGAAGAAAUGUUUUGAUUGUUUCACUCACAACUGGGAGAGGAUAUACAAGCGAGAUAAGAGGGUUGAGCCUGAGCACUUAGCUGCACUUAUAAUAUUGUGGGGCCAAGAGGAGCACCAGGAAAAAUGUAGGAGAAAUAAACUUAAUCGAUGGAAAAAAGAUUAUGAUCAUCAUACGGGGACUACUUCAUUUGCCCAGAUUGAGGAUCAAUUUUGUAGGACAACGAACGCUCCCUUUAUCCCACUACCAGAACUGCACAGGAGAACGAUGGUUCAAUUUAAGAAGGGGUACGAUGACGAUGAGACUAAGAAACAAAAGCUAGAAUUGGCCAAGAAAAUACAGGAAGCUCUGGAAAACACGUAUUCUGAGGUUGUUGCACAGAGCCAAGAGCCCCUGACUAGAGAGCAGAAUUAUAAUGUGAGCCAUUUAGUUUGUGGACUUUCCAAAUAG